ACCCAAACCAGAAGUGUCAACCUCUGUCUGCAGAGUUAUUUUGAACGACAGCUGAUGUUUCCAACCUGAAGGCAACCUUAGACCAGAUAAACCGGGACACGACGACUCUACGCCGGCCACAAAGACCCGCUGAGGAGCUGAGGAAGAACCACAAUGAGAGAAACAACCACAUAUUUUCACUGCUUUGCCUCACAGCGCUGGCUACCUAGCUAAGCUAAGCUAAGCUAAGCUAAGUUAGCCAGAAGCUAGCGCAGCCAGUUUGUCAGCAUUCACCGGGAUCAUGUUCUGAAUACGUGCUGUUUUUUUGUUAUUAUAAACACGCUGGGUGCACUGUUCAGAGUCCUCACCGGGCUUCCGUAUCUAAAACGUAAAAUGUGGCUGCAGCAGAGACUGAAGGGGCUGCCCGGUUUGUUAUCGAGCAGCUGGGCGAGGAGGCUCCUGAUCGGGCUGCUCAUCUUCCUCAUCUUCUACUGGUACCUGGGAGCAGAGCGGAGGUGGCGGCUCUUCAGUGGGACGGCGAUGCCCGGUGGGGCAGCUGGGCAGUGUCUGCUGGCUGAGAUCCACCGGUGGAGCUCUCUGGUAGAGAGAGGAGAGGGGAUCUACAGCACACCUCAGGAACAACUGGACACUCCUUUUGUGUCGGGUAAUGGCCAUAUUAUGAUCGACAUAGACUCUAAUAAACUGUGGGUGGCUUCGUCCUCACAGCCUGGGUCAGCGCCGGUGCAUCAGACUGAGUUUUCUCCGAGAGUGGGCGUCCAUCUGGAUGGAAAGCGGGCCGAGGUUCAGGCCACCAUGCUGUGGUUCAGGAAGGGAGCCGUGCUGUCGGUGCGCUGUGCCUCCCCCGCCGGCCUCCAGUCCUCCAGGGACUGUGUGACCAUCAGAGAGGAGUUCAUCGCACACAGGAGUAGACCCAACGUGUACCUGCAGAGGAUCCACGUCAACAACCCGUCUGACAGGCCCGCCUCCCUGGACGUCACCUCUGAGAGCCCCUCGUUUGGAAGCAAGUUCUCGUCCAGUGUGGAGAAACUAGACGAUAAAGACAUAAUCCUCUCCUCAGGCAGAGUUCCUGUGGAAAACAACCGCAUGGUGCUGGUGGUGGUCGUCUCCAAGAAGCUGAACAGCAGGAUCCAGGUCUCUGCCAAGUCCGAGUACACAGACAGCAUCCUGUCAGUGGUGUGGACCUCAGACCCCAUCGACUCCUCAAAGCUGGAGGAGACGUUCAGCUCGCUCAGAGAAGGAGCCAAGAAGGAGCUGGGGGAGCUGCUGAGGGCCAGCAUGGACGAGCUGGUCCUGGACCACCAGCAGGCCUGGGUAGACCUCUUCAUCUCAGGAGUUGAAAUGAGGAAGAUCACUGACUCUCACACCCCGUCGAGCCGCACAGUGAACACCACCCUCUACUACAUCCUGUCCUCCACCACGGCUCCUCUGCUCGAUCGCCGGCUGAGCAGUGACGAGCAUGCUCGCCUCGAGUCCAGCCUAAACUACGCCGACCACUGCUUCAGUGGCCACGCCACCAUGCACGCUGAGAACCUGUGGCCGGAGCGGGUCAGCAGUGCUGCUCAGAUCCUGCAGCUGGUCACUCUCUGGACUCUGACUCUGCAGAAGAGAGGCUGUAAGGUGCUGGUGGCGGCUGGCGCGCAUGGAGCUAUGCAGGGCAUGGUGCUCAGCUUCGGUGGCCUCCAGUUCACAGAGAACCACCUCCAGUUUCAGGCCGACCCCGACGUCCUGCACAACAGCUACGCCCUGCGAGGGAUCCACUACAACCAGGACCUGAUCAACCUGGCCGUGCUGCUGGACGUGGAGGGGAAGCCGUUCCUGCACGUGUCGGUGAAGCCGCAGGAGAAGCCGGUGAAGCUGUACGCCUGCGAGGCCGGCUGCCUCAACGAGCCCGUGGAGCUGACGUCAGAGAUCAAAGGUCACACCUUCCCCGUGAUGGUGACGCAGCCGAUCACGCCGCUGCUCUACAUCUCCACGGACCUGCGCCACCUGCAGGAUCUGCGCCACACGCUGCACCUCAAGGCCAUCCUGGCCCACGAGGAGCACAUGGCGAACAGGUACCCGGGGCUGCCGUUCCUGUUCUGGUUCAGCGUGGCCUCUCUCAUCACUCUCUUCCACCUUUUCCUCUUCAAGCUCAUUUACAACGAGUACUGUGGCCCCGGGGCCAAGCCGCUCUUCAGGAGUAAGGUCAACGGCAAACGUGAGGAAGGCUGCUGUGACAUCAAGAACGCUGUUUGAGCUCUGUGCACACCUUGGUGGUAGAUCUGCUUGAGCUUUGACAGUAUGGGGGACUUUUACGGGGGGGUACGAGUUCUGCUGCAAUAAACCAACACAUCUCUGAGGAGAUGCAGGCGCAUGAAGGUUAAAACAGGAUGUCUGCAAAAAAGGGCUGUCACAAUACCAGAGAUUUAAAUUUCAGUAUGGUACUGAUAAAAAUCCAACCACAGCAAUUAAAACUAAAAUGCUUGCCACUUAAUGUUAGAAAAUCUCAUACCAAAAUUUACAGUGCCACUUUUCCUGCAUACAGUAAGACACACGUUGUAGCUGAGGAAAAGUGGCACUCUUUUUAAUGAAUUAUUUCAUUAGCAAUCUGUAAAAUAAAACACUGAAAUAAUGACCUCAAUAAACAGCCAGACCAGAAACCAGUUGGGUCCCCUUGUAGGUAUCUAUAGUGAUAUUCCUCUGCAGGGCGUCUAAGGUGAACUGCAAGGCUGAUGACAGGGUGAAAAACAUCUCCCCCACCCUGAGCCGCUGGUUCCUGAAUGAUCUGAUGAGGCACACUGGCAUACUCUGAGUCUAGCUUAAAUGUGCUGUGGUAUUUAUACACCCAUAAGCUAUUACUACAGCUACACUACCACUAGAGACACUGUAAUGCUCGUGUAAUAUGCUCUGAGAUUACCAUGAUCUUCGGCCUGCCUUUGGCCCUAAGCUAAUCACAGAGGUGGUUUUAACAUUAUGUAAAGGUAGGCUCUUCCUGAGGCCGAUGCUCCAAGGGGCCUCAGCAUAUAGUCAUUAAAAAUGACUCUAAAUGAUUAAAAUGUGUACUUUGGAUGUAAAUAAAAGUCCAAGAGUGAAAAAAACAGCAUUGAAAGAGAUUUUGAAAAGUCCCUGCAGUGAAACCCUGACCCUAACGGUGAGAUCCAAACCCCCUUAAAGCCCCCAAAAACAUUUUAAAAAGGGGGAAAAUGCAUUAGACUGGGUGUGCAAUUUUUGAGUAAGAUUUUUCUCUUUCAAUUUUUAAAAAAUAUAUCAUGGAUGUAACAAACGCAUCCAAACAGAACUGACUCAGUGUGCAGAAGCCUUUAUAAAAAAGUACUUUAGAAACCACAGCCAUGAAUACGGAAGAGUAUUAGGGCCACUGAAAAAAAAAAUUGAGACAAAUUUUUUUUUUCACUUGUGAGAAAAAAGUCAGAAUUCU